UGUUUCCAAUAAUAGCAAACUGGCGUGCUCUGUCGCGAGGAAUUAUCAACAAGCCGACGAUCUCUCCACGGGUAUAGGAGACAUAAUAUGGUGAAGACAUAACUAAAUCAUGGCGGGAUCAGAGACGGGUGGGACAAGUGAUUCUGGAUCUGUGAGAUCCCAGACGAGGGAAUUCACAUGGGCAGACGACACCAUGGCGCUUGGUGUUUAUAAGGACCACGAACGUCUGCCCAAAGUGGUUAAACUUGAGGAGAAGGGGGAAGGAAAGCUGUGUCCUGGGUUAAAAAUCUACAGUAAACAGCCAGUUUUGUUCCAUGCCAGAAGUUCAAAAACGGUUGCCAGUGCGCGGACUAUUCACAAAGACGGAGAGACAGGGAUGUACUUCGAGGUUGGCCAGACAUUGCUGUUACCAGAGGACUAUGAAGGAUGGUUUGAGAUGGUCCCUUCAGAUUUCGGACGUGCCACUUGUUUCCGGUCUAUAGCGGAAGUUUCUGAGGUCAUGCCCCGGAUGUUUUUCACAAGGUCAAACAUCAAAGCUAUCCGGAUCCAGAAGCAAGAAGAUGAGAACCAGAAGAUCUUUGAAAGGAAGAUUCCAGCUGGGUCUGUUCUUAAAGUCGAAAGCAUUUUCACAGCAACUUGGAAAACGAGUGCUGUGACUGGCGUGUUCAAGAAAAGCAAAACUGAAUGGAUUACAACGGAAGUCAAAUACUUGAAAUGUAUAGACAGCGACCAACAGGAAAUACUUGUCCCGCUCACCCAGAGGGGAAAGUUUAAUGCACUGUACGAGAGGGGUAACCUAAACAAAAACUCCGUAUAUAGGAUGAAGGAUAUCCUGUCGGAUGUUCCCCUCCCAGUUAAAGCUAGACUGUUGUUCGGAAAGGCGCCAGUGGUUCCGUGCAUAUUUACAGGAAUGAUGGUCAUUAAGGCUGCCGAAGCCACGGAGACAAUUAUCUCUAGUACUGUUUUGAAUAAGAGGAACGUUUUGUUUGAAGUGCCACUUACUGCUCCUUGUGAUGUGACGGAGUCGGCUGAUGAGGAGGAGUACAAGGAUUUGGACUCAUACAGAGAUGCUAAGAGGCUGUGCAGGAAGUAUGCAACGUUGUACAGCAUGAUGAUCAAGCUGAGUCCUGAGAUGGACACGAACCAGCAGGUGAUCCAGCACAUUCCGACCUCUUCCACUGGAAACACCUUGUCACUGGACCUCAUUGGGGACAUCAGCUUGACCGAUGACCCGGUCAACGUGAUGAUGGAGUCAGACACGGAUUCUGUCCAGAGCGAAGACCAGAGCCCGGUCUUCACAGGGAUGUUACUUGAACUGAAGGAGUUUAAGAAUAUGGAAUCAACCACGACUGUGUGAGUGAGUGUGUGGGUGUGAGGUGGGGGAGUUUAAGAGAGGGCAUAUUCCAAAUAGUCAAAGGGUUAAUGGUGCGGCCCGGCUUCUGGUGAGUUCACAGUCAUCUCUACCGCGGGUUCGAUUUGAGCGUCAGAGGGGAGUUGUAUGAGAGAUGGAUGUUGAAGAAACUCGGACAGCCAUAUCCCAUCGGACUGGUCGUUUGAGUGAGUGAGUAAUGUUUCCCGGUCAUAUCACGGAGGAGGUCAUCAAAACUGGACUUCUUACAGUGUACACGUGGAGAAUCGAACCCGCUGUAACUAGCGAAAGCUUGAACCACUCGGCUUCCCAAUCACUCCUCAUGUAGGAUGAAGGAAAAGCCUAUCCAGAAAAGUGUGUGAAAUCAUGGAAUCGGAUGUGACGUACAUAGGAACACUGUCAAUAGUCCAGCAAGAAUGGAAUUAUGGAACACUUGACUGCUAGCCAUAUAUUUAUAUGUGAACACUGCAUUAUUAUGAUGAUAACCACAAUGAUAUUAAGGUUUAUGUGUGCUAAGGGUAUAGUUCACCCUGCAAGGAAACUAUUUUCCCUGUUCUAGUGAUUUGUAAUAGUCAUUUCAUAUUUCUUAAUGAUCAGGGUUUUUUACAAUUACAGAAAAGAUGAGAUGUUGGUCGAUACCGUCUGAUUCACAGGCACGUUAAAAGUAAAUAUUUCUUGUAUAUCGUAGUUAUCUAAGUUUAUCAGCCGGUAUUGUUGUAUACUGUUCAAAUUAAGGACAUUAAUUAAAUUAUAUAUCCCCAUAUCACAUUCUAUUUUCAAAAAGUAUAAAAAUACUUACGGGAAAGGGAACUGAAAUGUAUGGACGGGUUUUCCAAAUGACUUUUGUAUCGGCGGUCUUAUAAUAUUUUUAAAUGGCAAACAUAUAUUAUCGUUUUUUAUCUGACGUAAAUGCAUGCGUACUGUGGAAAACUGAGUCCAGUAACUUAUUGUUAGAAGGCUUCUUUAUGUAACAUGUACUCAAAAAUAUUUUGUAUUAUUCAAUAUUAUUUAUUAUUUGACGGGGCCUAUAUACGUCAUGAAUUAAUGUUUGAUGACCUGUUUUAAAUCAAUAUCAUUUUAUAGAUUUUAAUUAAAGAAAACGUGUCAAA